GAUGGACAAUCGAUAGGCACACAAUCGAUUGUAAGGGCAUGUGCCUCGCACGUUUUUUGUAAACAAAGCAGAAACUAUUUAAGUAUUAAAAUGGGAGCUUUGGCAGAGCUAGCUGGCGAUGAGAAAAACGGCGAAGGAUCGCGCACUUUUGUGUUUACCAACGAGGGUCACACGCUGGGCAAUGCACUGAAAACAAUUAUUGCCCGGUACCCAGAGGUGGAUUUCUGCGGCUAUACGAUUCCCCAUCCCACAGAGCAAAAGUUGCACUUUCGCAUUCAAUCCAACCGAGAUCGAGCUGUCGAUAUCCUGAAACGUGGACUUGAGGAUCUCGAAGGACUAUGUGAUCACACGAUAGCAACUUUUGAAAAAGAGAUGACUAAUUUUAAUUCGGUAAAAGCGGAGAAUACAUAAGGUUUUAAAUAGAGACUAUAAACUAGA